CGCUCCGCUCCGCUCCGGCGGGACACGGCAGCGCCCAGUCGUGCUCGGGGGGACAGGCCGCCGCUCCCGCCUCUCCCCCCGCGCCAGGACGGAGCUGCUGGAUGCGGACGGGGCGUCGCGGAAAAUGCCGCUAAGGGACAAGUGUUGUCAGACUGACCAUCACCACCACGGAUGCUGCGAGCCAGUGCAUAUGUUGGAACCUGGUGAUCCUCCUUUGUUACAGCAACCUAUGCAGACAUCAAAAUCUGGUAUUCAACAAAUUAUUGAGUGCUUUCGAUCAGGAACUAAACAACUUAAGCAUAUCUUAUUAAAGGAUGUGGACACCAUUUUUGAAUGUAAAUUGUGCCGCAGUCUCUUCAGAGGACUACCAAAUUUAAUUACUCAUAAAAAGUUUUAUUGUCCUCCAAGUCUUCAGAUGGAUGACAACCUCCCAGAUAUAAAUGAUAAACAAAGCCAAGCCAUACAUGAUCUCCUGGAAGCCAUCUAUCCAAGAGUGGACAAGCAAGAAUAUGUAAUUACACUAGAACCAAUAGAAGCAAAUCGGAAUGCUGUAUUUCAAAUUGUUUCAAGAACCGACUGCCCAGAUGAGAAUACUGAGAUUAGCAGUUCCCCUGAUCAAGCUCCAGUACAAACACAGGAGCCUAGCACUGAACAGCCCCAAACAGUUUCAGUUCCAGAUACAGAAAAUUUAGAUUUACCUCCUGCUGAAACUGUUAUAAACAAGGUGGUACCUACUCCUGAAGAACAACCUCCACCAUUAAAUACUGAGUUGGACUCUUCCGAAAAUUCUGAUUUUGGCCACCAGUUGAUUUGUUGUCUUUGUAGAAAGGAGUUUCAUUCCAGACGUAGCGUACGUCGGCACAUUAGAAAAGUGCAUAAAAAAAAGAUGGAAGAACUAAAGAAGUACAUAGAAACAAAAAAGAAACCAAACCAAUGCUCUACAAAAGGCCGAAAUAAGAAUGUUCUUAUAACAUUAGGUAGGAGUUGUCCGGUAUGCUAUAAAUCAUUUGCUACAAAAGCCAAUGUAAGGCGGCAUUUUGAUGAAGUUCAUAGAGGAUUAAGAAGGGAUUCCAUUACUCCUGAUAUAGCUACAAAACCUGGGCAACCUUUGUUCUUGGAUACAGUUUCUGCUAAAAAAUCUUUUAAGACUCAAAAACAAAAGUCGUCUUCAAAGGCUGAAUACAAUUUAACUGCAUGCAAAUGCCUUCUGUGCAAGAGAAAAUAUAGUUCACAAAUAAUGCUUAAAAGGCAUAUGCAAAUUGUUCACAAGAUAACUCUUUCUGGAAAGAACUCUAAAAGAGAUAAAGGACCUAAUAAUACUGCCAAUGGCACAGAAAUAAAAGUAAAAGUAAAAGUUGAACCAGCAGACUUUGUAGAAUCUUCACCCCCGUCCAUCAUCCUUUCUCCGCAGAAUGAAUUAAAGGGAACAAAUCAUUCAAAUGAGAAAAAGAGCACACCGUCAGCACUGAAAAAUAAAGUUAAACAAGACACUGAAAGCCCUAAAUCAACCAAUCCAUCUGCUGCAGGUGGCAAGCAAAAAACCAGGAAGCCAAAACUUUCAGCUGGCUUUGAUUUCAAGCAGCUUUACUGUAAACUCUGUAAACGCCAAUUUACUUCUAAACAGAAUUUGACAAAACACAUUGAGUUGCACACGGAUGGAAAUAACAUUUAUGUUAAAUUCUACAGGUGUCCUCUCUGCACUUACGAAACACGUCGCAAGCGUGAUGUGAUAAGGCACAUAACAGUGGUUCAUAAAAAGUCAUCACGUUACCUUGGGAAAAUAACUGCAAGUUUAGAAGUCAGAGCAAUAAAAAAGCCCAUUGAUUGUGUUCUAAAUAAGGUGACAAAAAGAGGCCCUCAGAGGGAUGAAGCAAAACAGAUUGGUUCAAAACAGGAUGUCACCUCUAAUUCGCCCAGUAAAAAAUAUGAAGGAGCUGAUGUUGGCAUUGAAGUAAAAGUGACAAAAAACUUUUCUCUUCACAGAUGCAAUAAAUGUGGAAAAGCAUUUGCCAGAAAGACUUUUCUAGAACAUCAUAAAAAAACUCACAAGGCAAAUGCAUCUCAUUCAUCUGAAGAAAACAAAACCAAAGGCAGAAGUACAAGAUCUAAAGCUCUUGUCUGGUGAGGAACAGCUAGUGUUUUGCCUUUUAAAAGACACAAAACAAGAAACAAACCAACCCCAAAUCUGCUAUUGUUGCUUUGUUGCCUGAACAUGUACUUUCCUAUAGACCCAAUGGUGUAGGAGAUGAAAGAGUAAUGUGCGUAUCACAUUUGCCUCUUGAGUAAAAUUUGUUUUCAGUGGCUUGGAUAUGAGUUCAUUUCUAAAUUUGUCUUCUGCAGGGAGUUGCAAGAUAAAAUGAUUCGGCUGCACAGAGCCAGCUUUUCUAAACUGUUUUAAUAUUAUAAAAAAAGAAUUUAUAUUGGCUUAUGUUUACUCUAGGCGACUUAAAUUUAAAAUUAGCUUUGAACUUGUUCAUUUCAGGUGGUUUGUCCUGCUAAUGAACACCUUUGUUUAGGCUACUUACAAAAUAUUAAGGUAUUUGUUAUAGCUUUUGUAAAAAAAGGAAUUAUGACAGAUUAAAGCUCUGCGUAUAAUUUAGAAUGACCAGCCAGGGAAGACUUUUUUUUCCUCCUCCUUUUUAAUUUGCUGUAAAAUAUUCCCCUCACCUUGCCAGUAUGAAGGUUUAGGGCCCAAUCCUGAGAGUCUUUCUGAACUUCUGUGUACAAGAACUGCCAGGUUCUGGCCCUAAAUUUGGUUUCUUUAAAAGGGUGAUUUACUGUUUUUUCCAUAGCCUUGUUUUAUAGGACAAAUGGUAUUAAAGGUAGUCUUUAUUUUUUAAAAUGAUCUUUCCUUUUAUUAAAGGAAAUGAUCUAUAAUCUAUAAAUGGCCAUUUUAGAUUGGGGGGGGGGGGGGGGCAUUUCUUGUAAUAAAAAUAGGCAUUGGGAAAACUAGGUACAUGUGCCUUGUCCUGUACUUCAGCUUUUGAAGUGCUCUCUUCCUGAAAGCAACUAGAUAUGGGCUCAGCUUCUGCAGGAUACAUGUUGGAGAUGGGAGGGUGGAUUCAUUGGUUUGAUAACCAGUCAGAAUGAAAGGAAAUGCAACUUAAAACUGAGCUGGCCUGGCUCAAAAAAUUUGUUGGGGGGUGGGGAGGGACUAGCUUUCCCUUCUUUGGUGAUGAAGUUUAAAGUGCUACCUUGCAUUUAAGUUACUUGUGUAACUUGUAAACUGAAGUUGUAUUGGUAAACUCAGAAUAUUAAUUUAUUCCCAUUUCUUCUCAGAUAACUUCAGUGCUGUAUGGAAAGUUUGGAGUUUGUGUGGAAAUAAUUUAAUUUGGUGUUAGAACCACUAAUGUCUUGAUAAUGAUACUAUAAGAAAAAUAAGGAAAUAUUUUAAUAAACUAUUCUUUUCUUGAUAAAUUAAUAACUAUUCUGAUUGCUUGUUAGCAGUCAGAUUGGCAGUGUCUUCUCCCAAACACAUUCAGGUAGUUGAGUUGCAAUGCAUAACAUGUGCCUGUAGACUAGUAGUUAAUUACACUUGUCUCUAUGCAGUUCAGAAGUUUUGACACAAUAGAAAAUGAACAUUCUGUACUUUAAAGAAAAAAUAGUGUUCUUGGAAGAAAGCUUAUACUUCUUUAUUAAACAAAUCAACUUGAGAGAGCUCACCAUAGAUAUAUUGGCCCUAAUACUGCUUUUUCUGAUGAGCCAAUUCUGUAACUCUGUGACAUUCACUGUAUUGGGAAAGUUUUAUUUUAUGUUUAUGUUCUGUUUUAAAUUUAUUACAAAUGAAUGUAUAAGAACAAACAGUGUAGUGUGUAUUGGCUGAAUUGUACUAAUUUUUAGUAUUUGCCAUAACUUCAGUUUGUUCAUUUUGACUAAUUUCCCACAUUUUGGGCAUACUGAAUUUCACUGUUCUAAAGUUGCUGCAGAGAUCUCCAAUGUGUUCUUCGUACAUGGUUCAUAGGACAGCCUUCCUUUGCUUUACAUUUAAGGAAGUUUACAAAAACACCCACAUUCCCCUAUUCUUUAAUUUUUUAAAAAAAAAUUAUACACAAGCACUUUAAUGAUAGUUGCAGUUAAUUUUUCAAUUUUUGUUUUGAAAGAUCAACACACUAAUGUUAAUAUGAAGGUAGUAAAUAUUUGCUGAUGUUUUAUAGACAGACAAUCCAUGCACAACCACUUCUUAUAAUGUUAGUUUUAUUCCAUUAAAUAUUAAUAAAAGGAAGGAUAGCGAGGGAGAAACCCAGAAUAUUUUUUCUCUCAAGACCGUAAAUUACCACUUUAGGUAGCACUUCACUUGAUAGAAUUUGGAAAAUUCUUACUGAUCUUUUUGUCUAUUUUAUAAUCAAGAUUUUAGUAAAAGAAUAGCACACCUGCUGCCUUGAAGCUGUUUGCAGGAUUCUGUGCAUUUUUUUUUUUUUUUUUUUUUUUUUUUUUUUUUUUUUUUACUUUUUAGAGAAUAUUUUGUUUAGUGACUUGUGUCACAUGCCACAAUUUGAAAGGUACUGUACAUCAGAAGAAAUACCAUGGUUUUUAAUACAGGUUCACUUCCUUAUUUAGGGAGGGGCCUUUGUCCAUAUAUACUUUUUUGUAUAAAAUAUAUCUAAAAAUAUUGAUCACAAGAUCAUGAGUAAAGAUGUUUUAUGGAGAGAAAUAUUUGGCCCUUUUAGUGCUUUGCACUAAAAAAAUACUGUGAAUGGGAACAAGACUGUAACUGUUGCUGGAAAUGUUUUAUAUUGAAUGUACACACUCUUGUUUGGAUAAAUGUACUGUAUUUGAUGGAAAUAAACCGGACUGGAAGUUAUUUCAAGUGUGCUUAAAACAGAGGGGUAUAUUGUAGUAAAACUAAAAUGCCUAUCACCAACUCACUACCAGCAACUGCACUUCAGCAUUUGCCUUUCUGUAAACUUUUAUUCUUGAGUCAUUGAAACUAGUUGUUUGUAUUAGCCAAUUGUAAUAAAUAUAUUUUGUAUUAUGAAAAA